CACAAUUAUCUCAUCUCAAGCUUUUGGACUUCACUAAGACAUUGCAAGUUUUCAACAAACGCCUUUUGUACUCAUGGCUCGAACACAACAACGAUACCGUGGCGUCCGGCAACGACAUUGGGGAUCCUGGGUUUCCGAAAUUCGUCAUCCUUUAUUGAAAACAAGAAUUUGGCUAGGAACAUUUGAGACCGCAGAGGAUGCUGCCCGAGCAUACGAUGAGGCGGCGAGGCUCAUGUGCGGGCAACGUGCGAGAACAAACUUCCCAUACAACCCCAAUUUGUCACAAACAUCUUCCUCCAAAUUACUUUCAGCUACUUUAACAGCAAAACUUCAUAGAUGUUACAUGGCUUCACUUCAAAUGAGCAAACCAUCAAUCCAACAACAACAACAACAACAAAUGAUGAUGAACCAAAAACAAAGAAUGUGUUCCACUCAUUCUACUGAAUCUUGUCAAGAUACUAAACCCGCGAUUAAUGUGAUGCAACACGAGCUGCAACCAUCAAUGGAGCACAAAAAUGUUCAUCAUAAUUAUCAUCAUCAUCAACAACAACAACAUCAUGAACAACAAUUUUUUGCAACGCUAGAAGACCAUCAUAUUGAACAAAUGAUCGAGGAGUUGCUUCAUUAUGGAUCAAUUGAACUUUGUUCUAUGGGUCAAUCGCAAAUAUAGUUUUGUGAUUUUUCCUAGAUCAACAGUUUUUGUAUAAACUUUAUAAAUCGACUGUCGUUUAAAUUGUUUUUUAAAACAGACAUUUUGGUUUGGUUACCUAUACAGUAACCAAAAUAAA